AUGGAGACACGGGAAGCCGAAAGGAAGUACCCUCAUCUACUGAAUUUUCUGGAUGAUUCGAAGUACCUGGAUGAAGCGACAAGGUUUUCUGUCGACUUAAUAAUCUCUGACUAUCGUUCACUGAGCGAAAAGACGCAACGGAUAUCGAACGAGCUGGUUAUGUGCGACUGUGAAAGCAUUGUCAGGUACCUUCAAGACUUUUUGUCGAAAGCCAAGGAGCAAAUGCAGUCGUUUGAAGAACAGCUGAUUACCAUAGAGAGAAUGAGGGUUGAACUCGCCGAAUUCUUCUGUGAGGACCAUGAAACGUUUAAGUUGGAAGAAUGUUUCAGAAUAUUCGCCAAUUUCAAGGCAAAAGUCAUUCAAAGCAUGGAAGAAAACAAGAAGCUAAAAGGCGGGUUUUCCUUCACCCUGUCUCAUCAAAGAACCGACAGAAAAGAUUCAGGGAUGUCUUUGACUAAGAUUUCUGACUUACGAGCGACCAACUGUGUCGACGGCAAGGAGAACCGUGCGGUGAUCAAUGGCUGGGAAUACACACCUAAGCGUCAAAGCACAAACAAGCUGUUGUCUACCGGUUCAUUGAUAAACGUAAGCGAUGGUAUGGGCUGUGAAAGGGAACGCCCGUCUGUUGUUCUCAAUACAAAGGUUUCCUCACCACCUCUCGAAGAAGCCUCCGUGAACAUCCAGCGCCUGUUGCGUUCAAAUAAGCUGCAACAGAAGAAAGUGCAGCGCUUAGCAGGUACCACGCCCCCCUAUACGACGGCUGAGACUCUGGACGAAUUCCUGGACCAGCUGAAUUCCAAUGAGAAGACGGUCAGCCGCAAAUCUUCGAAGAGACAGCAAGAAGUCUCUCCAAGCUCUAGUCCGUUUGCUAAUGGGAACGUUAAAUGGACGAACAACGGCCAGUCGAUUCGAGACUCUGGCAUCGAAGAUGUGGAUGUGCGCAGUCCAGAAGCUGAUCAGGAGCAAAACUCAAUAAACGCUGCUCUUGGGGCUUGGAUUAAUAAGAGGAAGUCCAUACGCGAUUCAGGAAUCGACGACAUGGACGUUUCUGUGAAUUCGAAACACCUCUCCAUGGAAUCGGAUAUGUCUAAUGAUUUCGAUGGCACGAAAGAAGAUUCCCUCAUUACUGCCAGCGACCGGUCGAGCAGUACAGACACGGACAGGUCAAACUUGGACGCACAGGAGAACUAUUCCGAAAAGAGUGGACGCUCAACGGGGAAGUCUCCUCAAAGCCCACCUGGUGAUACGAUGUCAACGUCGAGCCCUAAAGCGGGAUACAAGUCACAGAAGGAAGCCAAGGAGGCCAUCCACGAAAAAUCACCGCCGCCGAAAGUUGGGGUGCCAAAAAAACUUAGAAGCAGCAAGCUGGAGACUGCCUCUCAGCUGUUGAAGCGCGUCACGUCCAUACACUCGAAUCAGUCGUAUUCACCUGCCGAGAAGGAGAGGCAACUCAACAACCGGAAAUCGUCACUGAACGGCAAUACAUGUCGAUCAAGCAAAUCCGGAGAAAGUUCGUCCCUGAUCCACGUGUCACGGGCGAACGUUCCAAUCACUAACAGCUCUCGCAUUUCUGCAUCGGUUUCGAAUGUUCGAUCAAAAUCGACCAUCAACAGGAUAGCGAUCAGAACAACGUUGCGCAGCUCUGACUCUGCUUUAGGAGUUCCGGUGAAGGGUGAGAAAGAAAAGACGAAAUUACUCAAAAGCAAUGAUUCGAGCCCGCGCCACCGUCAGACCGUCGGCCCCAAGCACACCGUGGCAACGGCCUCCGUGGGCCACAAGUCGGUGACUCCUCCUGAACAACGACCUCAGUCGAUGUCGUCCCCUCUGCUGCGCAAAACCUACUCAAUCAAGAAAGAUCGCGCGGAAAGUCUCCUGCCCUGCGACAACAAGAGGCACGUCGUCUCCCAGCACGCGCUGUUGGCGGUGAUGCUGAAGGCGCAGGUGUUGGACUGA